UUGCCUACAUAGCAUGGCACUAAUUUUCCACUACUACCUGUCUUAUUCCGUUAUUAUAUAUGGUAGUUAGUUUCUCGUCUAGCCAGCCGCCGGGCAAUGGCUUCCAUGGCGGCACUCUUAGCGAAAUCGCCAGGUCCUAAUCUCCAAUUCCUCCAACCCCGAACUUCGAAUCUCGCCGCUGAAGGCGAUGUACGCCUUCGCCGCCGCCCCGCUGGCGGCGCUAGGGUUCGAUGCGGGCUCAUCGAUCCAGACGGCGGGAAACUGGCACAGCUGGUAUCUCCAGCCGGGCCGGAGCGGGAGGCUCGCCGCCGAGAGGCGGCACCUGCUUAUGGCCUUCCUAGGAUCAAGCUCUCGCGGAUCGACCUGGAGUGGGUUCACGUUUUGAGCGAGGGGUGGGCGAGCCCACUCCGCGGCUUCAUGAGAGAAGUCGAGUUCCUCCAAACACUUCAUUUCAAUUGUCUCCGGAUGCCAGACGGCUCCUUCGUCAACAUGUCGGUGCCGAUUGUGCUUGCCAUCGAUGAUGGGCAGAAACGAGCAAUUGAGGGGCGAGGCAGGGUUGUACUCGUCGAUGCGAAUGACAAGCCCGUCGCCAUACUUAAAGAUAUUGAAAUUUACAAGCAUAACAAAGAAGAACGAAUUGCUAGAACCUGGGGAACAACCGCCCCAGGACUACCUUAUGUUGAUGAUGCCAUUAGCGAAGCUGGAAACUGGCUGAUUGGAGGAGACCUGUUGGUUAUUGAGCCAAUUAAGUACAAUGAUGGCCUUGAUAAAUAUCGUCUUUCACCUGCAGAUCUGCGGGAAGAAUUCACAAGGCGCAAUGCUGAUGCUGUGUUUGCUUUCCAGCUUCGAAAUCCUGUGCAUAAUGGCCAUGCAUUGCUCAUGAAUGACACUCGAAAGCAUCUUCUGGAGGUGGGCUACAAAAACCCAAUAUUGCUGCUUCAUCCCUUAGGUGGCUACACUAAAGCAGACGAUGUUCCCCUCCUUUGGAGGAUGAAGCAACAUGAGAAGGUUCUUGAGGAAGGUGUGCUUGACCCCGAGACUACAGUUGUCGCAAUAUUCCCAUCUCCCAUGCAUUAUGCAGGCCCAACUGAGGUGCAGUGGCAUGCAAAAUCUCGGAUUAAUGCUGGUGCUAAUUUCUAUAUUGUUGGCAGAGAUCCCGCUGGCAUGAGCCACCCCAUUGAGAAGAGGGACCUCUAUGAUGCUGAGCAUGGGAAGAAAGUACUUAGCAUGGCCCCGGGUCUCGAGAAGCUCAACAUCUUACCAUUCAAGGUCGCUGCCUAUGACAAAACACAGGGAAAGAUGGCUUUCUUCAACCCGUUAAGAUCCGAAGAUUUCAUCUUCAUCUCAGGCACCAAGAUGCGAAGCCUGGCAAAGAACAGAGAAAAUCCACCCGAAGGCUUCAUGUGCCCUGGCGGGUGGAAAGUUCUGGUUGAAUAUUAUGACAGUGUUGCUUCUCAGGAGGAUGCUAAGCUCCAAGAACCCGUUCCUGCUUAAGCCAUCAGAUCCAAAGAUGGCAAAUGUUAUCUGCAUAAUAAACUGCCACUGGCAUUGUAAGAUUGUAUCAUAUUUGUGACCAAACUGGUUUUUGUGCUCAUAUUGUGUGUGGAUUGCUAUCUGUACAGUUAUCAUUGUGCCUAAACCAACUUAUGUUUGCUGGUCUUGAUAUGAAGUGUCGAGUGUUUGCUUGUUUGUUCAAACCCAAUGGUAAAAUUUGGCUGCAGAAAGCCUCUUGACCUUC